AAGGCUGAACAACGCUGUAAAUGUAAAUGGUAUCAGAUAACAAAAUGAUAAGAUUAAAGGAUGCAUGGCUAGAUAUAUUAUCAACGUCCAGAUGAUGACAUUUUACUAAAAGCAUUGUAUAAACAUCAUUAUGCGUUUCUUCUUAUGUGCCACGUUUACUUGUGACUUGUGAGUCGCAUUCAAAAUGGGGACUGCUUCAUCAAACCUUGACAAGGUAGGCGAUGAAGUAUUUAGAUUUGCUGAAAGACAUCUAGAAAUAGAAGAUAUUGAUACGUUAGAGAAGGUAACUGGUAUAGUUCUUUCAGGGUCCGAUUUUGAAGAACUGUGGAAAAUGCUUCAAGAAGACCGAAAAGAGCUGGAAAGAAGGUUGAAGGAGGCUGCUAAGUUGCUGGAAGAUGGUCAUGCUGCCUCCAACGACACCAACAGAACUUGCCUUAAAAGCUUAAGCAAUUCCAAGCAAGUCAAGCACGGUAAAGAUACAAAACAUAAUGAUUUGUUGAAAAGAAAGGAAGAGCUUAUAUUGCAACUUGAUCGAAUAUAUCCUGGUUUAAACUCUCAGAAAGUAUCAGAUGAAUUACUUAAGCUCAAUGAAGAGGACCUUAGUCAUAUCCUAUCAAAGCCCACUGAAUUUGAGAACUUUGUUAAAUUCUGUUCAGAAAAUGAUGGACAGGAAGAUAUCAGAACUGGUCCAACAUCAAAGAAAUUAGAUUCAAAAGAGCUUCUUGAGAAAUUCAAACAAGAGCAACUUGAAAAGCUGUCAAAGUCAGAGCUAAAUGAUGAAGAUAUCAAUACAUUCAUUGGCAAUUUUUUAUACAAGCGAGUUGCUGAGGUACACCCUUCCAAAGCUGAACUCAUUACAGGCAUCUUGAUGGAGCAAAAUAAAGAUGUAGUCCUACAACUUCUUGUUUCUGCACCAGUUCUACAUAAACACAUUGCAUCUGUCAUUGAUGAGCUGACGACAAAUAAGAAACUUCCCUUCAGCGACUUGACACUGAUGCGCGAGGAACUUGGGGAGUUGAUUUACUCCUUGCUGGAGAAAGACAUGGAUCAAGACACUGCCUGCCGCGUGACAGGAAUGUUGCUUGAGAUGGACGUUGUUCUGCUUCACGAAACGCUUGCAGAUUCCAGUCUUUUUCUGAAGAGAACCAAAGAUGCACUGAAUGCUGCAAAAUAGCAUUGGCAAGCAACCUUUGCAAGAUUGCACUGAAUGCUGCAAAAUAGCAUUGAAACAGUCAAUUUGUUGCCAUAUUCCAGAAUCUAUUAAAUCGACUAUCCUUGAAAAUGUUCCUUUUCAACAGCCAUCGUCAAAUAAAAGCCAUCUUUAGAAUAGCAAGUAUCACAGAAAUACUUUCCUAUUCUGCGUUUGAUUAAAAGCGAUACUUCAAUAGAAUUCAAUUUUCGCUACGGCAAAAUAAUGUAAAUAGAAAAUUUUUGUAAUGUUUUUGUUAUCAAAAUUUCACACGUACAAUUUUGUGGCUCUUUAGUUAGCUCUAAUGUUUUUGUUAGCAAAAUUUCACACGUACAAAUCCAUAGCAAUAUCUUUUGAUCGUCUAUUUAAUCGUCUUUCUAGAGAUAUACAACGCCAUUUUUAUUCUAUCUCAAUUUCACUUCAACCCUAAGCUCUCUAGCAUGUUCUAGAAUAUGUGUGUACCAUUACUUGAUCUGAUUUCCAGGCAUUAGCUUUACUAGGUAGGCCAAUGUACUUUGCUUGUUUUGCCUACAGGUAGCAUCACGUUUCACGCCUUGUCAUCUGUUGAUGAUUUUGCGCUGCACUGUGUUCUGCAGUUAAUAGGCAGACGAAGAACAAAAAAAAGGAAGCAAUAAAGCAUUGUUGAUUUUCUACUGACUUUUAAACCUGCAGAAUACUAGCAGCAAUUAUUUAAAAUAAAACAUAUUUUACAAAUGCCACAGUGCUCUGGGUUUUCUUUGAAAGAAUCAACAUCAGUAUCCUACAAACUCUGAAAAUAACAUCUGCCGACCAUCACUCCCAUCUACUACUUGUUGCUAGAAAGCGUUUUGAUAAAGUGCAGUCUUUUUGCUGUGUGGGAUGUAUGAAUAUUGUUCACGUAUAUUUAAGUGCUUUUUACCAUGCUAUUUCAAAAUUGACGUUGCUCUUUUUGAUGAUGGGCAAGUAAAAUAUUAAUGAGAGCACUUCUCAGUGCCAA